GGUUUCCACUCCUCCACUUCCGAGGCCGAUGAGUAGAUAAGUCAAAUAAAGCCCCAAAACAACGAAACUGUCGUCGUCCCUUAUUAAACAAAUAUCAACUUUUUCUACUAUAUCAUUAAACAAUGCUCCAAUGGCCGAAUGAUAAAUUCCUGGAAAUUAUCUUUCGCAGGUCCGUGUAUAAAUAAGUCUUCUUGAGAUUGACCCUUACAAAGAUUCAUCUCUUCAAUUCAAUUCUUUCCAAAGAACACACAGCUGUUUUUGAUAAGAAGAGUGAUUGUAAUGGAUACUAGAGAGAUCUCUUUACUUGAAGGUGAGACUGAUAAUUACGAUGGUGUUACUGUAACUAUGGUGGAACCUAUGGAUCCUGAGGUUUUUACUGAAUGUCUUAAGGCUUCCCUUUCACAUUGGAGAGAUGAGGGGAAGAAGGGAAUUUGGAUAAAGUUGCCUCUUGGGUUGGCUAAUCUUGUGGAAGCUGCAGUUAGUGAAGGAUUUAGAUAUCACCAUGCUGAGCCUGACUACUUGAUGCUUGUAUCUUGGAUCGCUAAUACCCCUGACACGAUCCCAGCCAAUGCUUCUCAUGUUGUAGGUGCUGGUGCGUUGGUCAUUAAAAAAAGUACUAGAGAGGUUCUCGUUGUUCAGGAAAGGAGUGGAUUUUUCAAAGAUAAAAAUGUGUGGAAGCUGCCUACUGGUGUAAUCAAUGAGGGUGAGGAUAUUUGGACUGGAGUAGCUAGGGAAGUUGAAGAAGAAACUGGUAUUAUUGCAGAUUUUGUCGAAGUAUUGGCUUUCAGGCAAAGCCAUAAAGCAAUCUUGAAAAAGAAAACGGAUUUGUUUUUCCUCUGUGUCUUAAGUCCGCGCUCGUAUGAUAUUACCGAACAAAAAUCUGAGAUCUUGGAAGCCAAAUGGAUGCCUAUCCAAGAGUAUGUAGACCAACAAUGGAACAAGAAGAAUGAGAUGUUCAAGUUUAUGGCUAACAUCUGCCAAAAGAAAUGUGAAGAAGUAUACUUGGGAUUCUCUAUUGUUCCAACUACCACAUCAUCUGGUAAGGAGAGCUUUAUAUACUGCAAUGCUGAUCAUGCUAAUCGCCUUAAAGCAAUGUGUGACCAAGCCUCUGCGUCUCACUGAUAAUAUUCUCAUGUCUCAUCCGAUUAUGUUGGGCCUAACGCAUCUAUGUGUCCAGUGUGUGCACAAAAGGGAACUCUGUUAUAUUUUAUCCGAAUAUACUAAAUUGCGUGCAUGUAUUUGAACUAGGUUUUAACCCGUGGUGUGCCGCGAGACGAUUUCUUUUUAAUCAAAAAAUUUAUAUUUUAAGUUAACC